AUGAACGCACUGACACGUUGCGAAGGAGCCUACAUUGGGCAUGCUAUUGCAUCUCAAUAUGAUCCAUCGAUACACAUGUCAUUAAAUGUUAGUGAUAGUCUUCUUGCUGGUCAAAAAUUUGAUGGACCAGAUAUUUUAUCAAGGCAUUUAUAUUUAUAUCAUACACAAAAAUUUGAAAUCGGUGAAACAACGAAAUAUAUCUACCAAGAAGCAUUGGCAUAUAAUGGUACACAAACAUGCCCUACUCGUGAAAGUUUUCUCUUUGAACAAUCACUUAUUGAUAAGAUGGUUCAGAAAGCUCAUAACAAAUGUGAUGGUCUUACUGCUGGUUGUGGUCCAGCACAUCGUUCAUAUCCACUCGCUUUCUGUCAUUUUAUCUCAGAUGAUGAUUUAUUUGAAUACAGUACAUUAGAAGCACAGUUAACACAUUAUAGCCCACUGGCUGGUCAGGUAGCUGGUAUCGUAAAUGUUAUUUGUCGUUCACUUCUAAAAAAUAAAAGUUGGGACGACGCUGUAGAUUUGGCCUUUGCAACGCCUCGUCUUCAUAAGGAUGUACAGCAAAUAUAUGGUCGUCACCAUCGUUGGGCUUAUCCUGCUGUAGAAACACACGCAGCUUAUGCGCCAACAGUACUGAAUAAUGCAUUGCAUCAUGUUGCUACAUCGAAGAAUGCACCUCAAGCGAUGGCAAAAGCUGAUGGCAAAGAGAAGUUUUAUUCUCUACCAAUUGUUGGUGUAUUAGCUGGUGCCCGUUGGGGUACACCAACAGAAGUAUUUAAAGAUAAUAUUGAUAAUUCAAAAUUAAAACGUCUUCGUGACGCAGCUGCUAAGUUAAGCUCUUUUUGGAAAGAAAAUAAUGGACAUGUGUAUGCUUAA